AUGUUGCCUUGUCUUCAAAGAGCCCUUCGGCCGGCAUUCACGGUGAGGUCGGGGGUGAUGCUUAGAUAUGCCCGCGCAAACAGCUCAAGUGCGCUCCGCAAACCUCUUUUGACAACAGCGCUGGUUCCCAGCUGUAACUUCGGCACGCAUCCACACAAGGAGCCGAUGGAGCCCUUGAACUCGCCGCAGGGUGCAAGGGAGUUUAUAUACAGUCUCCAUCCCACCGAACGCUCGUGCUUGCUGCGGGAACUCCACCGUUUCGAGUCCAUAGCAAUAGCCCAAGAGCAACUGGAAAUGGCCCCGCCCACAGCGGCUCAGCUGAGAUAUGUGCUUCUCCACAACGCUAUCCCCUUCGUCGGAUUUGGUUUCCUAGACAACGCAAUUAUGAUUGUCGCGGGCACACACAUUGAACUGUCUAUAGGUGUGAUUCUAGGAAUUUCAACCAUGGCAGCGGCUGCCUUGGGGAACCUUGUAUCAGACCUGGCAGGUCUCGGGCUUGCUGGUUAUGUGGAAGCUUUGGCCUGCAGACUGGGCAUGCAGAUCCCAGACCUCAGUCCUAAACAGGCUGAUAUGUGGCAGACCAGAGUCAGCUCUCACGCAGGAAAAGCCAUCGGUGUCGGUAUCGGGUGCAUCCUGGGCAUGCUUCCCCUGCUCUUCUUCAAGGAUGAUGAGGAGAAAAAAAAGGAGGGGGCAGAAGGCCAGCAAACUUCCACCGCUUCAAAAGCAACUGACUAA